AUGAGCGGGCCUCUCCUCCUCUCGUCCCUCUUCCCUCUCCUGGUCCUGGCCCAGCUCCCUCCUCCAGGAUACAAUGGGGGCAGCGACAACCCGCAGGAUCCUAGCGAUGCUGGUGCUGCGGGAUCAUCAAAGGGCGCUUUCAAUCUCUCCGGCGGUGCCAUUGCAGCUAUUAUUGUAGUUGCUGUUGUCGUCGUUCUCGGUUCCGGUAUGUCUAUCGAUUUUUCUCUCAAAGAAUCUUCAGCUAACAACCAUCUAGUCGUAUCCGGAGUGCUCUGGUGGCUCGCAAAGAAGCGUCAAUGGGACGUUCGCGCCUCCAUCCGUCGUGCCUCUCGUCGCUUUACUGGCCGCUCGGCUGUCGACAACAAGCAAGUUCGUGAAAACCGACGCACUGGCAUUCGCCUCAACUCGCCGCCCCCAGGCAAGAACGCCAACAAGAUGCGCGACAUUGAAAAAGGCCUGCCACUCUCCAACAAGGUCCCGCAAACCACCACCAUCAUCACCAGCGUCGGGAAGUGA